CUAAACGUAAUACCAUGUACAUAUACAAAUUUCAAGAUGGCGACGAAAUGGUCCAGGUUUUUCCAUUUGACAAACCUGGCCACAUACGGAACAUUUCUUGUGACCAACUUUUUCGCUCUGCACUAUAGAAGAUAAGUCUCCUUAGUCUUACUUCGUGGUGAAACCAUAGCAAUUCCUUUUCCAUGUAUAUAUACUCCAUGUAUAUAUAAAGGUGUUUAUAUAUCAUAUGAUGUCAUACAUACUUUGGAUUGUCAAAUUGGGUUAAGAAAAUAUGUUAACGUUAGUCUUAUUUUUUACAACUUUUGUCGGUUACCUGUGCAAAGAGCAAUUUUGUUUUGUAGAUAAUGAUGCAACAAAAAUCUGCGAAAAAAGUGAAAUUGAUCAACAAAAAUCUUCAUUGUAUGCAAAAGAAACAAAUGAAAGAUAUAAGAAAUAUCUAGUAGCGAUUGAAAAUGCAGAGAAAAACUAUAAGGAAUGCAAUAAUACGAAAGAUGAGUGCUUUAAAGAUGUCAUCCUUCAAGACCUAAAGCCUUUCAGAACAAAGGGCAUAAGCGAAGAAAUGAUUCAAGCUGCUAGAACUAGAGGUAUAUUUUAUCAAAUAAUAAAAGGUAAAUUAUACAGAGAAAAAGACUGUAUGUUUCCAGCCAGAUGUGCUGGAAUUGAACAUUUCUUAUUAAAAGUAAUUGGUAAUUUAUCAGACAUGGAUUUAGUGAUAAAUACCAGAGAUUAUCCUCAAUCCAGUGAAUAUUUUGGGAAUGCCUUGCCCAUUUUUUCAUUUAGCAAGACUCCACAAUAUUAUGAUAUUAUGUAUCCAGCAUGGACAUUUUGGGAAGGUGGUCCAGCUAUAUCAUUGUAUCCCCGUGGUCUUGGCAGAUGGGACCAACAUCGUAAAUCUUUAAAUAAGGCGAGUUUAGAGAUUCCAUGGGAAAAGAAAAAAAGUAAAGGAUUCUUUCGUGGAUCCAGAACGAAUUUGGAACGCGACAACUUGAUUUUAUUAAGUCGUAAUAAAUCUUAUUUGGUGGAUGCUCAAUAUACUAAGAAUCAAGCAUGGAAAUCUAAUGAGGACACUUUGUAUGUAGAACCAGCGCCAGAGGUGUCUUUAGAAUCUCAUUGUGCAUAUAAAUAUUUAUUCAAUUUUCGAGGUGUGGCAGCUUCUUUUCGAUUCAAACAUUUAUUUUUAUGCCGAUCAUUGGUCCUUCACGUCGGCGACGAGUGGAUGGAAUUUUAUUAUUAUGCUAUGAAACCAUGGAUUCAUUACAUACCUGUUUCUAAAAAUGCAGAUCAAAAAGAGUUAGAGAAUUUGAUUGAAUUUGCGAGAAACAAUGAUGAUCUAUCAAAAAAGAUUGCUUAUCGCGGAAGAGAUUUUAUAUGGAAUAAUUUGCGAAUGUCAGAUAUUACAUAUUUUUGGAAACAACUUCUUAAAAGUUAUGGCAAACUUGUAACAUAUAAGCCACUAUUACAGAAAGAUCUCAUAAAUAUCUUAUAGAGAGGAACUAGUAAAUAUAGUAAUAUAUGGUAAUUUUACAUUAUCCAAAUUACUCUAUAUCUUCUUAGCUAAUGUAGAAAAAUAUAAAAUAACCUCUCCCUCCUCCCUCGUAUUUUUGCGCGGGCGCGCGCGCGCGCGCGCGUGUGUGUGUGUGUGUGUGUGCGUGUGUGUGCGUGCACAUAUGCAGUUAAAAAUUUGAAAUAAUUAAAAUAAAUUUAUGUAUAUUUAUUAAUAAUAUUUUUAUGACGAUGAAAAAUAUACAAUCGAGAUUUUAUUUAAGGCACGACAUAAUAGCGUGGCAAGUUUCAAUAUGAAUUAUUAAUACCCUAAUGUCAGUAGUAACACAAAGAAAGGCGUUGCGCAAUUAAAUAUGUUUUGUAUAAUAACGUUUUAGCUGUCUUAAAAGUUGACCAUUUAACUAACUUAAAACAAUAUUGUGUAAUAAAAAAUUAAUUUUGUAUUGCAUAAAAAUUUUUUUAUUUAGUAUUAAUAAAAAUUGUAAAGCCUUUCUUCUUGUACUCUGUUAAUAAGGCUAAGUAUAAUCUUUAACAAUUAAGUACUGAUUAAACAUUCGCAGUAUUAGGCCGAUAUUCCUACUCUUAAAUAUAAGAUCGUCUUAAGUUUAUCUUCAGAUACUCUGUAAUCAAUAAAAUAAUCCAUACAAAAUCUAAAGAUAAACUUAAAAUAAUCUAGAAUAUAAUGUAAGAACUGUGAGUACCGGCCUUAGACAUUAAAAUACUUUUUAAAAUGUAAGAAUGUAGGAAAUGUCCCAUAAAUAUUGCUAUUUUAACAUCUAUCACUACUAA